AUGAACACCCAUCCUCUAGAAACGACACUAGGGCGCUUGAGUGGCGCCAGAAGCCCAUCUAUCGCGCGACCUGCGGGCGCCGACGACCGCCUGGGGCGCCUGCUGGGCGCGGGGCAGGCGAGUGUCUCCUUUUUGGCUAGGAGGCUGCGGGCGUUUGCGCGCGAAAGACCGGCACUCUUCGCCACUGCAGCGACUGGCGCGGGCCUCGGGCUUUGGGUCCGCGCGAAGGCGAAGCGCGACGGCCUCGUCGUCUCCCGCGACCCCCACACGUCGCUUUUUCUGCCUCCGGAAAGCUACGUCAAGGCGCACUUCCUCCCGCGGGCGAGCGACGUCCCCCUCCGUGGCGCCCGUCGCUUUCUGCUGCCUCUGGACCGCUGUGCAGAGAGCGACGAUGGGCGACAGAAGUCGCAUGCCGGCAUCCCGAGCUCGAGCGACGAGGAGGCAGCGGCGGCUGCGGCGCGCGGAGGCGAGGGGGACGGCGUUCGCACGCCUUCGCCAGUCUCCACCUCAGCUGCCUUCGCGAGGCUCCUCCCCCCUGAAUUGCGUCCGCAGCACGCCGCCGCGGCUCUGCGCUCCGCCUCCGCUUCUCCGCUGCGAGUGACUCGGUCUGGCCUUCUGCGCGUUGGCUCGGGGGAGGCAGCCUUCCGGCAGACUUCUCAGCUUGUCCACGCCUUCGAUCCUGCGCUGUUUGCGAGGCGCGGGGGCGGAGGCGCGGGCAACCACGCCUCUCUCGCAGGGCAACGGGAAAGAGGAGCUGCGCCCGAGGAGGCCGCCGGCGAGGAGCUCUUCUUCCGCUUUCUGACAGGCGCCGGGGCGCAGGAGGCGCGGCCGCGGGGAGGCAGAGGCGCCGGCCGCCCUCCUUGCGUUGAGGCAGCGAGGCCCGGCGCAGAGGGCCUGCAGACUGGAGCCGCCGUGGCCUUGUUGCUGCGCCGGGGGCGGCUCUGCUGGCGGCUGAUUCCCCUCCGCCUCGCGGCGAAGGAAACUCACUGUGCCCUUUUCGCGGAUCAAGAGGGCGCGAGGCCCGAAGCCGCGCCGCGCGGGUCGAGCGGCGAAGAAGACGGCGAGCGUGCGCGACGUCAACCGCGUAAAUGCGGAGACGCAGAGGCCGCAAACGCGGACGACGCGCGGCAGCGUGGGGAUGCGAAGACUGACGAGGCGGAGGAGACCGGAGGAACUCAAGGAGGCGGAACGGAGUCUAUACAAGGUGGCGAGGAGGAGACAGCGUACAGAGAGACAGAGCGACGCGGUGAACGAGAAGGGCGUCCGCCUCCUCCUCGCGGCGCGCCUCGCUGCAGCGCCCUCUGGUUUGUCGCCGCCCCGAGCGUCCCUGCCCUCUCGACAUCUCAGGAGUUCCUCGUCGUCCGCGUCUUCCUUCUCCCCCCGUCUGCCUGUGGCGCCGCGCCCGCGUACCGUCGCGCGCCCGCGCCUUCGCCUCCGCCUCCCUCGGCGUCGCCUCCGGCUGUCGCUUCAUGCGCUUCGGCCUCAGCCACCGACCGCGCCGCGGAGAAGGCGGUCGAGGGCGACGUGUUCAUCGAGGUGCUGGCGAUACGCCCUGCGGAGGCGCAGCGCGCGCAGCCCGCUCCGCUCUUCUCUGCUGAGUUCGUGCAAGCUGUCGCCCAGCGCGCUGCCGCGGGCCUCCGCCGCGAGCUGCAGGCGCAGGCGCUGCGCCUGCGCGCGCUGGAGCGGCUGCAGGGCGGCGAGCACGCGCGCGAGCAGGGGGGGGACGAGGGCCUUUCUGAGGACGCGCCGUGGGGGGGGCUUGAGGCGACCAUCGAGAUCUGGGCGGGGGAGGACGAGCCUUUCGCCUCUUCUGCGUCCGCGGCUUCCUCGCAAGGAAGCUGGCGACCGCGGAGCGACGUGCGGAGAGGCGCCCAAGAGAGGCAAGAUGCGGAAGACGCCGCCGCUCCCGGGUUUCCGCAGGAUGAAACUGUGCAAGGGCCCCUUCGGCAGGAUGGCGGACCUCGCGUGUCUCGCGCUGCCGGCGGCAAGAGAUCCCUCGCGCGAGCCGCUCGAGGCUGGAGAGACUUCUUUGGGCUCGGGGCGAGACGGCGAUUGAGCCGGCGGUGGGACGGACCCCCCGGCGCCAGGAGUUUCUUCAACUCGCCUCGCAGGGGGAGCCACUGGCGGCCGCGACCUCCUACCCGGGGCGGCUGA